AAAGUAUAACCUGAAAUGGAUGCCGCCAUGUUGGAAACAUCCCUGUCCAUCCCGAUGCCCCCCCGCGGAUGCAGGCACGCUCCGGAACUGCAAGGUCUCACGGGAAGUGUAGGCGAAGGGUUUUCACCAGCAUGGAGGACACGCGUGGUUGUGGAGACGCCACAGACCCGGGAAACAAAUGCUCGGAUAACGACUUUGGGCCGUCAAAGCUGGGGACGAAGGAACAACUGUAUAUGGUUCUUCUGCAGUUGGGACGAUACAUACGAAAAAGAACUGGAGACGUUCAAAGACAUCGGGGAUGUUGGUGAUAUAUGGUUCGGUGAGGAAAGCAUGAGUCGUGUGCUGCGGUGGAUGGAGAGAGCUGAGAUCCCAGAAAACGCUGCCAUUCUGGACAUUGGCACCGGAAAUGGAGCCUUUUUAGUUGAACUGGCCAAACAUGGCUACAGGAACCUGUCGGGUAUAGAUUAUUCUCCAGCUUCAGUGGAAUUGGCCAGAAAUGUUCUGCAGGCGGAGGACUUGACAGAAGUCACCUUAAAGGAGAUGGAUUUCUUAAACCAUCAAGGCCAGCUUAAGGACUUUGACGUCUGCAUCGACAAAGGAACAUUUGAUGCGAUAAGUCUUAACCCACACAACACAGAGGAGGGCAAGGAACUCUACGUCCAGGCUUUGAAAGACGCUCUGAAGGACAAAGGAUUCUUUACCAUCACAUCCUGUAACUGGACCAAAGAGCAGUUGCUACACAGAUUCACUGAAGGAUUUGAGUUUGUACAGGAGUUGCCAACACCCAGUUUCCAGUUUGGAGGCGCAAGGGGAAACACUGUGUCAGCACUCAUCUUCAAGCGAGUGCAUUGAUUUACACGUCCCAAAAGAAUUGUUAUCCUUUUUUUGGAUCGUUUCUCUGUAGUUUAUUUUUUUCUGUUUAUCAGAGGAAUUGUUAAUGUAAUAUCUGUGCAAGAUAUUUUUAAUACAAGAUCUAAUAACGCAGGAUUCUAAAAACAUGGAGAGAGUUUUGCUUCUGACGUAUUCAUUUAAUACCGAUCCUCAGUUCUUAAGCCAUCUGGGAUGUUUAUGCAAUUCUCAAGAUGAGUUGUAAAAAUCCAAUUUCAGUUCCAGGAAUGUUUGUAUACUGUUGUUUAUGUACUGAGCAGUUUCUCAUAUAUAUUCCAGAAAUCAUCCUGAAGUCUUUUUGUAUCUGCUUCUUUCCAAACUGUUACAGAACAAACAUGUAAUUUUGUCACUGAAGAUUAUUAAAGUCACAUUGGAGGUGUUCUAAAAAUGACAAUGUAAACACAAACAGCUGAAACUGAGAAACUGAUUUUGUGUAACAAGAACUGCUUCCACAUGAAACCUUUUACGACUGAUUAACAGAAGUUCUCCAAGGCCCUUGAUGUCGUCCAGGUUCCCAUGUCCGUGGCAUUAGGAGACUUUCUUCUUCUCUUCGUCCCAGUGCACCCACUGACACUUCUUUGACUGAAACAUAGCUUUCCUGAGGAUAUUUGUGGUAACAAGUCAGCCAGACUGUUAUCCUGCCUUUGUUUGUUUGAUUUGAGUAAUUAUCAGACCUAGAGGCCAUAAGUGGGGGAGGGGGCUAAACAAAAGUACCUUACAUGUUUCCCUAUUUCAUAAAUCAUUGUGAAAGCCCUUAAAUGACUUUACAAUGUUCCUGUUGGGUGUCCUGACCCACAUAUUUGACAACCACUGUUCGGUCUUACCAGGCACUUAAUUGCAUUCAUCUUUCAUGUCAUGUGAAAAAUAGCCUCCUACCUAAUUGGCUAAACUGGAAUCCAGCAGAGCUUGGGGUCUCCGGGACCAUGAUUAAGAACUUCUGACAUAAUGAAUAAACAAGAGGCCGUGGCAUCUGCGAGCAGAGGAGCUUGUCUGCCAUUUCCUCUCUCAAUGGCAUCAUUAAUAACUGCCAAGCUCUGGCUCCUAAUUGCAGCCCGGGCUGGUGGCCCAAUGGGAGCCAUCGAUGUUGAGGCACGCUGUUGAGUAAACACAUGCAAGCUUUACAAGAAUUACUGCCUGGAAUUUUACAAGGCACUGGAUAUCCUGCCUGGAUGUGCAUAAUAUGCCCCAGUUUACAGCUCACUCACAUUUUCCCAUGAAGUGAAAUCUCCUCUGUGGAGCUCCAGCUCAGUAAAACAUCAUUUUCUUUGCUUGUAUCAACUUUAACUCUUUUAAACGUCUCAUCAGGCAGCUCUGUGAGCGGCAUGAGAUUAAUAUGUAUUAAAGUUGAAUAUACUGUG